UUUGCGUAAUUUGCGUAGAGUCGGUAAGAAUAAAAUAAAUAAUAAAAAGAGGCUAAAAGAAUAAUUAGUCACAUCACUACCGGACGUGGUCGUCGUCAAGUGUGAACGAGUGAGUGCGAGUCAACAGACGGAAAGAAUCCCGAAGCCAAUCUUAGAAUCCGCGAACCACGGCGACAACAACGACGACGACAGCCAGCGAGUGGAGCAGCCGCACGCCACGUCCAUCGACCAGUGUAAUUGUCACCAAUCCCAGUGCAACUCAUUCCUUCAGCGUCACCAUGGCCACCGACGGCAGUGAGCUGCCCGGCAUCUCCAUACGCCACACAACCACUUCGAAUGUCGGCUCCCAAACGGUGGCCAUCAAUCUCAGUAUGCGUCGUCCCGCAAACGAGGUCAUCGAGAUUGAUGACGGCGAUGCGGCCGCCAACGCCGAGGUGGCCGCCAUCAACGAUGGCAGCAGCACCACAGGACGACGGCAAACAGGCGCCAGUCUACCCAUCAGUGCCCACAUAGAGCUCCAGAGCAGCGACUGCAGCAACAGCAGCGACGACGACGACGAGUGUGUCUUCGUACUGGAACGGAAGCCAUCGCAUUUGCGUAUGCCGGAGGAGCUAGUUAGUCUCGAAUCGAAUAGCGACUCCGAUGUUGACUUUGUAGAUGAGCAGAAGGCGAGUCCGGUGGCCAAGGCCAACGAUGGGGAAGGUGAUGGCGACACUGUCAGCAUUGAUCAGGAAAUGGAGACAUCAGUCAAUGAGCUCUUCAUGGGUCCCAGCACCAGCACGGGCGUCUGCUCGACAGCGGGCAAGAACUGGAUGCUUGUGCUGGAUGAGGCGCGUCUUCACGAUCCAAUGUGCCUACGUAUGCGCUUCAAACGCAAUCUAACACGCGCCCAGCAACGUGCUGCGCCAAAAGCGCCCAGCAGCAACAGCGAAGGCACCCGUUGGAGCACCUCCUCCAACAUCAUCAGAGUUUGCAAACAAAUCAUGGCAGAGUCGUUGUUGCUGGGAGAGGCGCCGCCUUCCAUUAUGGAGGACAUGGCGUCCUCCGUCAUUGUGGAACCACCCGCUGUCUCAGAUACUGUUGGAGGUGGCACCUUGCCAGCGUUAGCCGCUCACUUUGCUGAUCUCACAGAGAGCGGCAGCGAAAGCGGCGACGAGCCCAGCGUGGAUGCCCGCGACCAGCAAGAACAGGAGACGGGAGGCAGCUCCGAUGCCGUCGGUGGACACAACGCAACAGCGGGACGCUCUUCACCGCCACCCAAUUGUGCCAUCUGUCUGUCGCGCUGCAGGCGCAAAUGCUUCACUGACUCCUGCAUGCAUCAGUUUUGUUUCAAAUGUCUUUGCGAGUGGAGCAAGAUUAAACCGGAGUGUCCACUCUGCAAGCAGCCCUUCAAAACCAUCAUACACAUGUUCAAUGAGCAAUCUCUGGGCGUUGAGGAUGCAAUGCGGUAUUUGCAGAACGCGCUGCCCAGUGCCAGUGAUGAUGCACAGCUGGGCAUCUAUUCGGACGCCAGCAACGAGUUGCAGCAUUAUCGAGCAGAUGCAGAGCCAGAGUUGGCUAUCGAUGUUGUUGGCGAAGCAACCAGCAAUGCAGCCGCUGAGUCAGCUGAUGUCAUCUUGGGAAACGAUAUUGAGCCUGAGAAUGAGAAUGAAGAGAUUGACAAUGAGCGCGAAGAGAUUGAGCUGGCGAAUCAGCCGGAUGAACCGGAUGAAGAAGAGCAUGAUGAACAAGACCAGGAGGAGGAAAAUGAUGAGGACUACCAGGAUGAGGACGAGGCUGCUGCAGCUGCCACAGCUGAAUCGGAUCAAACAGACUCAGACCCAGAUCCGGAUGCCUAUAAUCCGCGAACCACGGCGACAACAACGACGACGACAGCCAGCGAGUGGAGCAGCCGCACGCCACGUCCAUCGACCAGUGUAAUUGUCACCAAUCCCAGUGCAACUCAUUCCUUCAGCGUCACCAUGGCCACCGACGGCAGUGAGCUGCCCGGCAUCUCCAUACGCCACACAAUCACUUCGAAUGUCGGCUCCCAAACGGUGGCCAUCAAUAUCAGUAUGCGUCGUCCCGCAAACGAGGUCAUCGAGAUUGAUGACGGCGAUGCGGCCGCCAACGCCGAGGUGGCCGCCAUCAACGAUGGCAGCAGCACCACAGGACGACGGCAAACAGGCACCAGUCUGCCCAUCAGAACCCACAUAGAGCUCCAGAGCAGCGACUGCAGCAACAGCAGCGACGACGACGACGAGUGUGUCUUCGUACUGGAACAGAAGCCACCGCAUUUGCGUACGCCGGAGCUAAUUAGUCUCGACUCGAAUAGCGACUCCGAUGUGGACUUUGUAGAUGAGCAGAAGGCGAGUCCGGUGGCCAAGGCCAACGAUGGGGAAGGUGAUGGCGACACUGUCAGCAUUGAUCAGGAAAUGGAGACAUCAGUCAAUGAGCUCUUCAUGGGUCCCAGCACCAGCACGGGCGUCUGCUCGACAGCGGGCAAGAACUGGAUGCUUGUGCUGGAUGAGGCGCGUCUUCACGAUCCAAUGUGCCUACGUAUGCGCUUCAAACGCAAUCUAACACGCGCCCAGCAACGUGCUGCGCCAAAAGCGCCCAGCAGCAACAGCGAAGGCACCCGUUGGAGCACCUCCUCCAACAUCAUCAGAGUUUGCAAACAAAUCAUGGCAGAGUCGUUGUUGCUGGGAGAGGCGCCGCCUUCCAUUAUGGAGGACAUGGCGUCCUCCGUCAUUGUGGAACCACCCGCUGUCUCAGAUACUGUUGGAGGUGGCACCUUGCCAGCGUUAGCCGCUCACUUUGCUGAUCUCACAGAGAGCGGCAGCGAAAGCGGCGACGAGCCCAGCGUGGAUGCCCGCGACCAGCAAGAACAGGAGACGGGAGGCAGCUCCGAUGCCGUCGGUGGACACAACGCAACAGCGGGACGCUCUUCACCGCCACCCAAUUGUGCCCUCUGUCUGUUUCGCCGCAGGCUCGAAUACUUCACUGACUCCUGGAUGCAAGCAGGCACCAGUCUGCCCAUCAGUACCCACAUAGAGCUCCAGAGCAGCGACUGCAUCCAGAGCAGCGACUGCAGCAACAGCAGCGACGACGACGACGAGUGUGUCUUCGUACUGGAACAGAAGCCACCGCAUUUGCGUACGCCGGAGCUAAUUAGUCUCGACUCGAAUAGCGACUCCGAUGUGGACUUUGUAGAUGAGCAGAAGGCGAGUCCGGUGGCCAAGGCCAACGAUGGGGAAGGUGAUGGCGACAGUGUCAGCAUUGAUCAGGAAAUGGAGACAGCAGUCAAUGAGCUCUUCAUGGGUCCCAGCACCAGCACGGGCGUCUGCUCGACAGCGGGCAAGAACUGGAUGCUUGUGCUGGAGGAAGCGCGUCGUCACGAUCCAAUGUGCCUACGUAUGCGCUCCAAACGCAAUCUAACACGCGCCCAGCAACGUGCAGCGCCAAAAGCGCCCAGCAGCAGCAGCGAAGGCACCUGCUGGAGCACCUCCUCCGACAGCAGCAGCAGCAGUGAGGAUUCCACGGCAGCUGCGAAGCGGCGGAAAAGGCGAGCAGCUCGUAAGCCCAAGGCCAAGGCACAGAAGCGUCCAGCGAGCAGUAAACGUUCCGCACAGCAGCUUAAGAGCAAGCGUCGAAGAAAGCAAGUGUCGGAGGUCGAAGAAGAGGCAGAAGCAGCGGCGGAGGAGGAAGAAGAAAAGGCAACUAAAGCAAGCAGCAGCAAUAGUAGCAGCAGCAGCAGCUCGAGUAGUGACGACAGCAGCGAGGAUGGAGCUGCUGGCGACAGCACAGAGCCAACAGAAAUUGAAAGCAAACUGGUUGCAGACAAGGAGACUUUUGUGGGCGAGGAGAUUUUGGAGCAGCAGGCACCGGAAGAAGAAGUGACGGCGAGCAGUGCCCAGCACGCAGUGGUAAAGCGAAGGCGAAGCAACAGCAGCAGCAAUCAGUCGUCCAGUCACAGUCACAGCAACAGUGCUAUCAGCACUUUGGCCAGCCACAACACGACCAUGUCCAGCAGUUCAGUGCUAAGCCUCUUUAACAACAACAUACACAGAGAUGUUGGUGAAGCGACGUCAUCGGAAAGACCACUCUCAAUGGUUGCCACAGCAGAUUCGCUGCUUGAGCUGUCCACUUCCUUUUCUAUACUUAAUGUUGCCAAAUAAAAUGAGUUAUGUCCGUUGUAUAUUUAUUGAAUCGCAUAGCUUUAGAC